AUGCUCGAUGAUGCUGUAGCAAGGCUUCGAUACCGUUUCACAGUGAAUGGGCUACGUCAACUUUCGUCCAAGCUGCAACUCCCUGUGGAUGGCGUAAGAACGACUGAAGGCGACAACGUUCCUCCAGUAGAAGCACUUGCCAUGGUGUGCAGGAGAUUGUCGGAAGCGUCCAAACUAUUUACUGUUGCUAGUGAGUUUGGCAGAUCUACAGCAGCCUACAGCAGGGUUUUUGCGGCAACAGUGCAGAUUUGGUAUGACAAUCACAGAGAUAUAUUGUACUUCCACGAUGCCCUUAUCAAAGAGCGCAUCGACAAAUACUGCGAUGCCACGCAUGCUGCAGGAGCCCCGCUUCGUACUUGCUGGGGGUUUAUUGAUGGCACCAAGCAAUGCAUUUCCCGCCCAAGUGCUCGCGAAGAACAAACCAUUGCAAAUGAAAAUCUCCAAAGGUCCGUAUAUAAUGGACAUCCUAGGCGGCACUGUUUCAACUGGCAGAGUGUUCAAGCUCCUGACGGGAUUAUAGUAAGUCUUUACGGCCUCGUUGAAGGUCGGAAGCAUGAUUCCACUCUAUUAAGCCUCAGUGGAAUUUUGGAUGUCAUGGCGGAGGACCCAGAUGAUGCAUUUGAGGGUAAGCUCAUAUACGGGGAUCCUGCGUAUGGAUGCGGUGCCUACAUGUGCUCGCCAACUACGAUUACCGGUGGAUCGAGUUCACGCUGCAACAGCAACAUGAGUAGUGUGCGCGACGGGGUUGAGUGGGGGUUCGGGAGACUUAAAAUCUUGUGGGAGUUUCUCAACUGGGAUAAAAAGCAACGUGUGCGCCAAGCUGCCGUGGGCAGAAACUUUGUAGUGGGUGUCUUACUUUUGAAUUGUCAUACGUGCUCGCAACCUCUCGGCAAUCAAAUCUCAAUGUAUUUCGGCUUACGACCUCCUCCUAUCGACUACUACCUUCAGCUCAUCCAAGGCGAGCGACAGAUCUAA